CCCCGCCCGGUGCCCCUCCCGGGGCAGGGCGCAGGCGGAGGUUUGGCAGGGGGGGCCGGGGCUGACGAGGCGUGAUCGCCCAAGGCCCCUCCUGCCUGCCGGGGAAGCCUUAAAACACCCCGGCGAGGCUCGGAGUCCCACACUCGGGAGCCCCGACCCACGGGCAAGAAGAGCCAAGCCUCGCCCAGAGCCGCUUCGCUGCAACCGCCGCCAUGCAGGGCACCGUGAGGCUGUGGGUGUCGGUGCUGACUUUCGCCCUGUCGCUGCUGGUCUGCCUGGGGACGCUGGCAGAAGCGUACCCCUCCAAACCGGACAGCCCCGGCGAGGACGCUCCCGCAGAGGACAUGGCCAGAUACUACUCGGCUCUGAGGCACUACAUCAACCUCAUCACCAGGCAGAGGUACGGAAAGAGAUCGAGCCCAGAGACACUGAUCUCAGACCUCUUGUUGAGGGAAAGCACAGAAAACAUUCCUAGAUCCCGGUUUGAAGACCCUUCGAUGUGGUGAUGGGAUUUGCAGCACACCAUCCAAAUUUUUCCUAGUUUUCAAUUCAUACUUCACUCCUCUGAAGCAAAUCAUAGCAUCAUUCCCAGUGCAUGCAGCCAUUGUACCGAACUCUGUAGAGUUUUUCCUUCAUCAUAUUUGUAUAUACUUUUAUUUAAAUAAAUUAUUUGUGCAUUCCAAAAUACAACAUACUAAAUGAAAACAAGCAAUGUUGUCAUUGGUAUAGCAAAGAAUUGUUUUGAACUAUUGAAACUGAAUUAUAACCUCCCUACAGUCUAAAGUGGUAUGGACAACAAUAGCAUCACGGUUGUUACAGUAAUUAGUGUGCAAAGACACCAUUUAUGGUGGCAUCAGACUGCACUUAACUGCUUGAUUUACCCCAAAUUGUUUAAAAUAAUUUAUUAUGUGCCAAAUAAUU